GCAGGAGGAUAAAACUGGUAGCACAGGGGCAGAUUUUCCUGUAGGAAGAACCUUUGUGCUCCAGUGGAUGUUUUUAUUUGUGGUGAAGGUUCCAGAGCAGGAAGAAGAAGAGCAUUGCAUUGUAGAUCUCCAUAUCUCUGAUGGGUUUGAUCUUUUUUUUUUUUCCCUGUCAGCUUUGAAAUGCAUCCUGAUUUAUUUAAACAAAACAGCAAAAAGGGAGGAUGUGCUGGGAGGUCCUGGAGGCGUGAGCAGGUGAUGUUGUGUCACACCAGACACUGGAGUGAUGGCUUCAAGGCUGGAGGGAGCUUUUUAGCUGGGGAAAAAUCAAAUGUUGAAGGUUCAGAGUGGCCUGGCCCUGGCCAGGAGGUUUUUCCUGCUGAACUUGGCACCUGGGCUAUCUCCUGCCCUUUCUGUGAGCCCUGAUCUUAUCUCCAGCACUGUGAACCCCUGGCAGCUUUAAACACGUGAAUGGAGACAGUUUGGUGUGGAAAGAUGAACUUUAAUCAGAGUCCUGAUGGAAAUUUCACUUCCAGCUGUGAGGAGUUCAGGUUCAAAAGGUGUUAAUUCCUGUUCUUCUGCCUUAAAAAGGGAAAAUGUGGGAUGAUACUGGAAUGGCUGCUCUGAUUUAAGGAGGAAAUAGAGGAAAAUUGUACUGUAGUGACCCAUCUGGGAAAACAAGAGCCCCACUAAAGAUAUUUUUGCCAAAAGGGAAGUGAAACUCAUUCAAAUAUAGAGUUUAUCCUCAACCUUCAGCAUCCUGGGGCAGAUUGCUUGGACAGUUCUUUGUGCAGCUGGGAAUUUGGGGGUGAUUUUGGGUUAGGAUGUUCAGCAGAAAGAGCUGUUUCUCUCUGAAUUCCCAGGGAUUUUUUACUUCAAGGUGAGGACUCAGUAAUGUGGGGGUAAUCCUGGGCCAGCUCUGCAAAUUCACCCUCCUUGGAGAAACCCACGUUUCAUUUCUGCUGGAUGUUCUGCACUACUCUGGAGUUUAUUCCUCAAAACUUCUGUGGGAAUGGCUGUGAGACUGGAAAAAAAAAUAAGGUUUCAAUAUACUGCUAAUGACUGGAAAACACAGGAGAAGAAUGAGGGAAUAAUCAGAAUAUUCCCAGUAUGAAAGAAUUUCAGGAGCUGUUGAUGGGAACAACCCCCUGAGGUGCCAGCUGGAUUCCUGAGCUCCUGGGUGACUGCUGGAGCUGCUGCUGUUGGAAUAAGGAGCUGUCCUCAGUUGUUGGCCUGGCCCAGAGGCAGCUCCUGGGUGCUGCAUGCAGGUCCUGGACGUGCUGGAAACGAUGGGGAUUGGCAAAAACACCACGUCCAAAUCCGUGGAGGCAGGAGGUUCCACAGAGGCCAAAUAUGAGGAUGAAUCCAAACACCCCACCUUCUUCACCCUGCCUGUGGUGAUAAACGGUGGCGCCACCUCCAGCGGUGAUCAGGACACCGAGGACACAGAGCUGAUGGCCAUCUACACCACAGAGAAUGGCAUAGCAGAAAAGAGCUCCCUGGCUGAGACCCUGGACAGCAGUGGCAGCUUGGAUGCCCAGAGGACUGACAUGAUUUACACCAUUGAGGAUGUUCCUCCCUGGUACCUCUGCAUAUUUCUGGGCUUGCAGCACUACCUGACGUGUUUCAGCGGGACCAUCGCCGUGCCCUUCCUGCUGGCCGAUGCCAUGUGCGUGGGCUUUGACCAGUGGGCCACCAGCCAGCUCAUUGGGACCAUCUUCUUCUGCGUGGGCAUCACCACCCUGCUGCAGACCACCUUCGGCUGCAGGUUACCCCUGUUCCAAGCCAGUGCUUUUGCAUUUUUAGCACCUGCCAGAGCCAUUCUCUCUCUGGAGAAGUGGAAGUGCAAUAACACAGGUAAUUAUUAUUUAUCCUUCUCCAGGUUUAAGUCACCCAUGGUCCAUAAAACCCUUCCCAACCCAAAUGCCAUCAGAUUGCCGUUUGUUUUGUUUGCUGGGGGCAGGAGGGAUCCCAGUUCUGCUCUCUCCACAGUUCAGUGGGGGCUGCCCACCAUCUCUGCCGCGGGGGUGAUCGGGAUGCUGAGCGCCGUCGUCGCCAGCAUCAUCGAGUCCAUCGGGGAUUAUUACGCCUGUGCCCGGCUCUCCUGUGCUCCUCCUCCUCCCAUCCACGCCAUCAACAGGGGGAUUUUCAUCGAGGGGCUCUCCUGUGUUCUGGACGGGGUUUUUGGGACAGGGAAUGGAUCCACCUCCUCCAGCCCCAACAUUGGAGUCCUGGGCAUCACAAAAGUUGGGAGCCGCAGGGUGAUCCAGUACGGAGCAGUGUUCAUGCUCCUGCUGGGCAUGGUGGGCAAGUUCAGCGCGCUCUUCGCAUCCCUGCCCGACCCCGUGCUGGGGGCUCUCUUCUGCACCCUCUUUGGGAUGAUCACGGCCGUGGGUCUGUCCAACCUCCAGUUCAUCGAUCUGAAUUCUUCCAGGAAUCUCUUCGUGCUGGGGUUUUCCAUUUUCUUCGGGCUGGUCCUGCCCAGCUAUCUGAAACAGAACCCCCUGGUCACAGGAAUAGCGGGCAUUGACCAGGUGCUGAACGUGCUGCUCACCACAGCCAUGUUCGUCGGGGGCUGCGUCGCCUUCGUGCUGGACAACACCAUCCCAGGAAGCCCCGAAGAGCGAGGAAUUCGGAAAUGGAAGAAGGGGAUUGGCAAAGGAAGCAAAUCCCUGGAUGGCAUGGAGACAUAUGAUCUGCCUUUUGGCAUGAACUUCAUUAAAAAAUACAGGUGUUUCAGCUUCCUGCCCAUCAGCCCCACCUUCAUGGGAUACACGUGGAAAGGCUUCAGGAAAAGCAGUAACUGCAGGAGUUCAGAAGACUCAGAAGCUGCAGUAUAGCCUUAGCUGAAAUUAUAUUAUCUAGUUGUAGUCAAAGAUGUAUUUGCAGUUUCUUGCUGAUUAAGAAGCAUUAAAAUAUAUGUUUUGUA